AUGGGGCUGUGUUCAAAGACUAAGGCCCGCUCCCCCUCCCACCGCAGUAAGCCGGUGGAGUUGGAGCCUACUGGAGCAGCAGCAGCAUCAGCAGCAGCAGUUGCGAAGGAGCCUCUCCCGGAGGGAGAUCUGCAUGCAGCAGCCCCAGAGUGCCCAGGGGAUAAGCAGACGAUUGAGGGAGAAGAGGGAGCAUAUCCUCUUCGUACGACACCCUCAUCAGCAACAGCAGCAGAAGCAGAUUCUGCUGCAGAGAGGCCCCCCUCAAGAAAAGAAAUAGAUGCAGGCAUCCAUGGCAUUGCCCCUCCUGCCCGUAACGACUCUGCCGCUACUUCGUGUGCAGGUAUGACGGAUGCAGGUGGUCUAAGCAGAGCUGCAACACUGCAGGCAGCAGCAGAGAAGGAAGCAAAGAAAGAAGCAGAGGAUGCGAAGGAAAAACAACCAGCUGAAGGAGCAGAGAAAGAGAGAAAGGAGCAGCAGGAAGCACCAAAGGAGAAGCAGCAGCAGGAAGAACAGCAGAAUGUUGACAAGAAAGAGAUAAAAGAAGAAGCAGCAGGGGAAGCAAAACCUCAAGAAGACAAUCAGGCAACACAAACACCACCACAAGAAGCAGCAUCAACAGCAGCAGCAAAGGAAGAAGAAAAAGGAAAUAUAGAAAAAGAAGAAGAAAAAAGGGAAGAAGAACAAGGAGUUGCAUCUGCUGCUCAAGAAUUCACGCUUACUAUGCAGCAGACCUUCACCUCCUUCAAGGAGAGCCUCAGCCGUAGCUACAGGAGUCUUCGCUCCCAAGCCUUGGACACGAGGGAGGAGGCAGCAGACAGCAACCAAAAUAGCAACAGAGACAGCAACAGCAGCAGCAGCAACAACAACAACAAUAACGGCAGCAGCAGCAGCAGCAACAGCAACGGCAGCAGCCACAUACCUCCGAUUCCCCUACCACAGCAGUGUAUGUGUGGCGUGCUGAAUGAGAUAACAGACUUUGGCGAGAAAGCAAUUCCUUGUGUCUUAGGAGAGCAUGCAGACAGUGAUACAGAAUUGGUAGGUGUAGGGUUGGUGCCUCCUCUAGAGAUAACAAUGAUUGUCAAUACACCUGGAGGUGCUUACCUACGUACUAUUCCUGCAGAGCUUAUUCAAGAUGCUAUUGAUAUGGGAUUCAUAACAGAAGAAGAAGUACAAAAACAAAAAAGAGACUGGGAAGAGAAAUGGGGGCAUCUUGCAAUACAAUAUUCCCCUGCAACCUCCUUUGCUCGUCAGGAUGUAAAGGUGUAA